CAUGGCCAAGGAAGGCAUUGCUGCUGGAGGUGUCAUGGACGUUCAUACUGCUCUGCAAGAGGUGCUGAAGACCGCCCUCAUCCACUAUGGCCUAGCACAUGAAAUUCACGAAGCUGCCAAAGCCUUAGAUAAGCGCCAAGCCCAUCUGCGUGUGUUUGCAUCCAACUGUGAUGUCAAGUUGGUGGAGGCCCUUUGUGUUAAGCACCAAAUCAACCUGAUUAAGGUUGAUGACAACAAGAAACUAAGGGAAUGGGUAGGCCUCUGUAAAACUGACAAAGAGAGAAAACCCCCGUAAAGUGGUUGGUUGCAGUUGCGUGGUGGUUAAGGACUAUGGCAAAGAGUCUUGGGCCAAGGAUAUCAUCGAAGAGUAC